GGGUUUGAGGAUCAAAGGCAGACUACGUCCUAUUUAUAGCUCAUCUCAGUCAACUCCAUGGAACGUUGACCCAUGCAAUCCUAGCAUGCCCAGGUGUCCAGAACACACUCAAAGAUAUCAGCAGGCAACCUAUGGUAACCUUUGGCACACAUUCUCUCAGGCCGAGCUAAGCAGCAGCCAGUGUCAGCCUACUUGAUGAGCACCAGUGUGCGCAGAAGGCGAUUGCCAAGUGCCUUUCUAGUUUUAGAUGACGCCCUCCAGCCAAUUCACAAUGAUGUAUUCAAGGCAGAGGAGGCUGGUGGGAGGAGCUAUAGGAGGACAUGCUCAUUGUAAUGACUGGAAUGAAAACAUAUGGAAACCACAUGUUUGACUCUGUUCCAUUUAUUCCAUUCCAUCCAUUACUGUGGUCGUCUGUAGCUCAAUUGGUAGAGCAUGGCGCUUGUAACGCCAGGGUAGUGGGUUCGAUCCCCGGGACCACCCAUACGUAAAAAUGUAUGCGCACAUGACUGUAAGUCGCUUUGUAUAAAAGCGUCUGCUAAAUGGCAUAUUAUAUUAUUAUUAUUAUAUUACAAUGAGUCCAUCCUCCUAUAGCUCCUCCCACCAGCCUCUACUGAUUCCAUGCUAACCUACCAAACAGCCGAAACAACAAAGGUAGGUAGAAACUCCAUACAACUCAGCAAUCUCAGUGUAUCAACUAGUUUUCCAUUUCAGCUGUAUAGCAACAGCCUUCUGACUAUGGUGGCCCUUGCAGGUAUAUUGAAUAUUUAAAGAAGUGGGUGGAGAGAAUGCAGUAAAGAGGCACACCCAGAGAAACAAGAAGAUGUUGGUUACGGCCCGUCUUCGCAUGCUGUUAGACGACGGAUACUACCUUGAGCUGUCUCCCUUCGCUGGAAUGGGCCUGCCCUAUGGAGACAUCCCCUCAGCAGGCUGUGUAACAGGUAGAGAGGGUGCUCUGCUCUGUCAGUGAUGGAUGCUAUUAAUGCAUGCCUAUCACUCAUGUAAAUGUCCAACCUCAAAUUUGGCAGCAAGGGAAAUGUCUUGGUGCAGUGCAUUGUAAUAAUGAAAUAUGUAUAAGUAAGAAUAGGUGUUAUACUCGUCAUAAUGACUUUUCACUUCAUUGGGCACUCUCCACUGUUGCAGGCAUAGGUCAAAUCAACGGGCUGUGGUGUGUGUUUAUUGCUAAUGAUGUCACUGUGAGUGGUGGUACAGCCUACCCCAUCACUGUCAAGAAGCAGCUCAGAGCCCAGGAUGUGGCCAUCCAGAACCGGCUGCCCUGUGUAUACCUGGUGGAUAGUGGAGGUGAUUCCCUCUUCAGGUAUGAACUGGAAUCACUGAGACCAAUACAAAUAAUGAAUGACUCAUAUCAAGAUACAACAGAACACUAAUACUACUGAUGAAAUUAUUUCAUUGACAGUCUGAGAUCUUCCCUGAUAAAAACCAAGGAGGACGUACUUUCUACAGUGAAGCCAUCAUGUCUGCCAUGUCUCAAUUCCUCUAGGUGUCAGUGGUUUGUGGUUCAUGUACAGCCGGCGGUGCAUACAUCCCCACUAUGGCAGAAGAGACAGUGAUGGUACACCGGAUCAGGACGAUAUUUCGGGGGGCAGAUCUCCCUUGGUGAAAGGGGCCACAGGGGAAGAUGUGUCCCCAGUCUGGGUGGGGCCACGCUGGAUGUCAAACUGGUCAGCUCAACAUGCGCACACACACAGGAAUUAAAGGCUCAAUAUGGAACAACCCUUGUGACUGGUUUUGCCUCAAUUCACAGGUAAGAGCUGUUGAUUGUGUGAAGCAUUUACCUAUCCUCCUACAAGAUGCCGUCUAGACUUUUUCUUAAAGGUCAGACUUUUACAACUAACUUCAUUAUAUUUUCAUGCAGUCUUUCAUUGCUUCAUAAAGUACAUGCAUAUUGGAACCUCUUAAAACCUCUAUGUUCAGAUAAUAUAUGAAUUACAUGACACAUUUUUGAAGCAGAAUAUUGAACGAAAGAGCGUCAGCAGAUUAACGUUUAACCCUGUUAAUUUGCAAAUCAGAUUAGUGUGUUCUGACCAAUCAUAUCUUUACUUACCAAAACAAGAGCCAGAUUAAGAUGGGCAAUCUUUUUUAAUGAGAAUGGAGAACACAAGGCAAAAGAAGGAAAAUAAGUCUCUUCAGCCAGCUUUCAUCUGCUUUUACAAAGAGCUUCUCUGAGAGCGGCUCGUUGCCAUGGCAGCUGAAUAUUCUAGAUGCAGAGGGUAUUGCAAUCUUGAUCAGGUGCUGGCGCUCAAACAAUUGAUCAGGAUAACAGAAAUUACUUGAUGAAAAAAGUAAUAAAUCAUGACAAAAAGUUUGCUUUUGUUUGCAUUCUUAAAAACUCCACUAAAAGUAUUUUUUUUUUAUUAUGAAGGCAAUACGUUUUAUUCAAGUGUAAUUGCCUGACUUGUAUGUUUUUCUUCAGGCAUCAGGUUGGCAAUGUGGCGAGCAAUGGGGAGCUAACGCACAACGCAUCAUUGAAAGGCAGCCACUCUGUCCAGCUGUGUGACCAGCGAGACAUUCCCCUGAUAUUUCUACAGAACACCGUCCCAACGCCAGAGCUGACCCUUUCCCUAACCCAGGUAUGGCACUGCAGGCAACCCUGAGCACUCACCACAUAAUAAAACAGCACUUUGUUAUGAAGCACAAAAACUGGUGAAGAGGAGCACAGAGAGGCAUCUCAACAUGCCUUUGUAAACACACAUACACUCCUGUGGAACUCAGCCAGCUCUGUUAUAUAGCACUAUGAUUAGAAUCUGGUCUUGAAUUCAAAACAGCCAUGUCAUCAGAAUGUUUCAUUAGCUGUUAUUUAACAUUUUAGUCAUUUAGCAGACACUGUUAUGCGCUCAGUUCUCACACUCGUUCUUAAACAUGGUUGUGGAAUUUCAUGUCAGUGUCUUAAAAAGGUUAUGCUGGUGUUACUCAUGGAACAGAUCUGUGAGUAUUUAUCCUCUCUCCUGUAGGCAGAGACCAACAGACUAACGGCUCAGGGUUCAAUGAUGUCUGCUGUGUCUCUGUUCCAAAAAUCACAGUCGUCAUUGGGGGAUACCAUGGCCCUGACAGUUAUGCUAUGGUUUGUACAAUAAUGCCAGCAGUAGUCACUGUAUUAAAAUCUGCCUAGUGUCUACACAUCAAUUCCUUUAUAUAUUUAAAAUACUAACUGAACUGGUCCCUCUCUUUUGUGUGUGGUUUUCUUUAUCUAGUGUGGCAGGUCCUUUGACCCAAAAUUCCUAUUCCCAUGGCCUAAUGCCAGAGUAUCCCUGUUAACCCCUGGUCAAUCUGCAGCUCUGGCACAAGAGGAGGAGGACAUUGAGAAGAUCAAUAAGAGGUAAGACACCCAUAGUACUGUAUUUCAUACAGGAAUAUUAUGAAUAUUUGAUUUGUGUGGUUGUAAAUGUCUGAAUGUUUGUUAAUUACACUUCUGGAAAUUGGCCUACAGUGAGGGAAAAAAGUAUUUGAUCCCCUGCUGAUUUUGUACGUUUGCCCACUGACAAAGACAUGAUCAGUCUAUAAUUUUAAUGGUAGGUUUAUUUGAACAGUGAGAGACAGAAUAGCAACAAAAAAAUCCAGAAAAACGCAUGUCAAAAAUGUUAUCAAUUGAUUUGCAUUUUAAUGAGGGAAAUAAGUAUUUGACCCCUCUGCAAAACAUGACUUAGUACUUGGUGGCAAAACCCUUGUUGGCAAUCACAGAGGUCAGACAUUUCUUGUAGUUGGCCACCAGGUUUGCACACAUCUCAGGAGGGAUUUUGUCCCACUCCUCUUUGCAGAUCUUCUCCAAGUCAUUAAGGUUUCGAGGCUGACGUUUGGCAACUCGAACCUUCAGCUACCUCCACAGAUGUUCUAUGGGAUUAAGGUCUGGAGACUGGCUAGGCCACUCCAGGACCUUAAUGUGCUUCUUCUUGAGCCACUCCUUUGUUGCCUUGGCUGUGUGUUUUGGGUCAUUGUGAUGCUGGAAUACCCAUCCACGACCCAUUUUCAAUGCCCUGGCUGAGGGAAGGAGGUUCUCACCCAAGAUUUGACGGUACAUGGCCCCGUCCAUCAUCCCUUAGAUGCGGUGUAGUUGUCCUGUCCCAUUAGCAGAAAAACACCCCCAAAGCAUAAUGUUUCCACCUCCAUGUUUGACGGUGGGGAUGGUGUUCUUGGGGUCAUAGACAGCAUUCCUCUUCCUCCAAACAUGGCGAGUUGAAUUGAUGCCAAAGAGCUCGAUUUUGGUCUCAUCUGACCACAACACUUUCACCCAGUUCUCCUCUGAAUCAUUCAGAUGUUAAUUGGCAAACUUCAGACGGGCCUGUAUAUGUGCUUUCUUGAGCAGGGGGACCUUGCGGGCGCUGCAGGAUUUUAGUCCUUCACGCCGUAGUGUGUUACCAAUUGUUUUCUUGGUGACUAUGGUCCCAGCUGCCUUGAGAUCAUUGACAAGAUCCUCCCGUGUAGUUCUGGGCUGAUUCCUCACCGUUCUCAUGAUUAUUGCAACACCACGAGGUGAGAUCUUGCAUGGAGCCCCAGGCCGAGGAAGAUUGACAGUUAUUUUGUGUUUCUUCCAUUUGCGAAUAAUCGCACCAACUGUUGUCAUCCUUCUCACCAAACUGCUUGGCGAUGGUCUUGUAGCCCAUUCCAGCCUUGUGUAGGUCUACAAUCUUGUCCCUGACAUCCUUGGAGAGCUCUUUGGUCUUGGCCAUGGUGGAGAGUUUGGAAUCUGAUUGAUUGAUUGCUUCUGUGGACAGGUGUCUUUUAUACAGGUAACAAACUGAGAUUAGGAGCACUCCCUUUAAGAGUGUGCUCCUAUUCUCAGCUCGUUACCUGUAUAAAGACACCUGGGAGCCAGAAAUCUUUCUGAUUGAGAGGGGGUCAAAUACUUAUUUCCCUCAUUAAAAUGCAAAUCAAUUUAUAACAUUUUUGACAUGCGUUUUUCUGGAUUUUUGUUGUUGUUAUUCUGUCUCUCACUGUUCAAAUAAACCUACCAUUAAAAUUAUAGACUGAUCAUGUCUUUGUCAGUGGGCAAACGUACAAAAUCAGCAGGGGAUCAAAUACUUUUUUCCCUCACUGUAUAUAGUUAGGGCUACAUUGAAAUGUUUCUUACAGAAGACACUUGGAAGGCAUACACAUAACCAUGGUAGCAAUUAAAAGGGAACCGUUUGGAGAUUAUGGGGAAAUUAUUAGAUGAAAGGUGAAGACACAACAGUUCACCUGACACAAGACGGAAUCCAAACAUUACACUGUUGAUUUUAUGUGCAUUUUACAUUUACUGUACUUUUCACCACAUUUGUUGAUAACGAAAUCUGAAAAUACUCUGGAUACAUUCAGUAACAUGAUCAUAAUAUUAUUGUAAAAUAUGGGGUAGUCACAAAAUAAAACAAAUAAAUGACAAGGGUUUGAGUGAGAGGUCUAACUGGUGUCUCCAAGUGGCUUCACACCUUUCCAAUAUGUACACAGUUCCUAAGUCAUUUCAAGGCACUUUUAUGACUCAAAAGAAGAGUCUUCAACUAUAGGGUGCUUUUUUGAGCUCUCCUAGCUGUGCCAUUGAGGAAUUAGAACAAAAAGACUUGCACCUGCAUCCCUGUCUUUACACAAUUACCUGUUGUUUAUGCAAUCAAAAAACGGUCCAUUAUAUAUCACUAUCUGGGUCAGGUGGGAAUCAUUUGAAAGGUUGUUCUAUUGCCAACAUGACUAGCUAAAUUAUAAAAUACGAUCUUAGUGUUAGGCUUUCACAAAGCAAUUCAGAGAAACAGAUCAUAAUUUUGGUACGCAUAGAAUGGAGUCAUGCAUGCAUUCAGAUGCGUGGUCCACAGGACAUUUUCUUUACAAUACAACAAAGAUAGGCUCAUUCUGUUUAGGACAACCCAGGGUAUAACGCAAUGUCAUUUUAUAACUGUACAUCAAACAUAGUGAUCAUAAAUGUUGACACUGUAUGUAACAUUAGUUUUAUUAUAUGGAAAUGUGAAGUGCGCAUUUGGACUCACGGGGGUUUGACUUGCUUGUAUGACAAAGCGGUAUUUAUUAUAAUCUUCAUCCUUUCAAAAUACAUAGGCCUCGUAAUUUACAGCAGUUCCCCCAUGCAACAAAAUAUUUGCUAAAGUUUCCCAAUUAGCGGGAGGGAUGGGGGCAGCUUCUUGCGGCGCUCAAGUUCAGAAUGGCUGUCAGUCAAAACCCAAUUAGAGCUGUGAAGCGCUGAGCCAGAGCUCUGACGUCAUGUAUAGCAUGUUACUGUGCAGCCACUGCGGUCCAAUCAGUGUCCAAAUCUGCCAUUUUCAACCCGUAUAACGGUUACGAGUGUAAAGGACUACCAGGAGUAUUUAUCCUUUUAGGUUGGAGAAGGAGAGUUCUGCGUUCUUCUCGUCUGGCAGACUCUGGGAUGAUGGAGUGAUUCUUCCCCAGGACACGUGGAAGGUAAAUCUCUGAGAAUCAUACCUGACACUUAUAUAGGUUCACAGAGUCCUGGCUGGAAGCAGCUGUUGAGGUUUUCCAUGGAAAUACCAAAACACUUACAUAAUGGCAUAGUUUAGUUGGCUCUGGCCGUCACAAGACGUUAUGUUGGUUAGGAUUUGCCUUUUAAAAGAUACAGGAUUAAUGAAUGCUACUUAGUAUUUUUUCAUUAAUAACCUACCUAGUGUUGCAAAUAAUUUCGUAGUGGAAAUCGUAAUCAGUUUGCACAUGCCCAUUACAUGUUUUUUUUUUUUUCCCUUUCUCCUCAGGUUU